GUACGCGGCGCUCUCUCCUCGUGAUCUCGACGGGGGCGGGUCGCUGGGCGACCGGCUGGUUCCUGCCUCUCCUAAUCGGCGAGGCCAGAGGCGGGCCUGUCGCUUCCCCAGAGCUUUCGGCUCCGGCGCAAAGAUGCUCUCCGGCUCGCCACAGAGGCGCUUCCCUCCGGCCGGCUCCAUGUUGCGCCGCGCGGGGUGCUUUUUCUUGCUGAGCCUGGCGGCGCAAGUGCAAAGCCAGGAGUCGGCGGCGGAGCGGCUGAGCCCUUGCUUCGGCACCAAGUCCCGCUACGAGACCUCCAACCCGCGCCUCUUGCAGGACCCGCUGUCGCUGGGCCCGCCGCAGCCGGGCUUCCCCUUGCAGCCGGCCUCCUGCACGCCGCUGCAGAUCGUCACUGUCAUCCGCCACGGCACGCGCUUCCCCACCGGCGGCCAGAUCAAGAAGCUGGCCCAGCUGCACGGCCUGGUGGUGCGCAGGAACGGCACCUGCCCCGCCUCCGAGGCCCUGGCCCACUGGGACAUGUGGUACCGGCAGAGCAUGGACGGCCACCUGGCCGAGCGCGGGCGCUACGACAUGCUCAUGCUGGCCCGCCGCCUGGCAGCGCGCUUCCCCGGCCCCCUGGCCCCGCAGCGCCGCUUCGUCUUCACCAGCAGCCACAAGCCCCGGUGCGUGAACAGCAGCGAAGCCUUCAGGGACGGGCUCUAUCAAGCGCUUUACGGGCAAGAGCAGCUCACGUCGGGAAACAACCCGGCUAUGCUGGGAGAGAUUAAAAUUAAUGACACAUUAAUGAGAUUUUUUGACCUUUGCGAAAAGUUUGUAAGGGACGUAGACAACAAUAAUGACGCUAUGCAUGAAGUGAAUGACUUCAAAAAAAGUCCUGAGAUGAAGAAGGUGAUAGAGAGAAUUGCAGAUAAAUUAUGUCUAUCAGUGGAUCAGCUAAAUGCAGAUUUGGUUCAGGUGGGAUUUUUCGCAUGCUCAUUUGAACUAGCAAUAAAAAACAUCAGCAGCCCCUGGUGUUCAAUAUUUAGUGAAACAGAUGCCCUGGUACUUGAAUAUCUGAAUGAUCUAAAGCAAUACUGGAAGAGAGGAUAUGGAUACGAUAUCAACAGUCGUGCCAGCUGUGUUCUUUUCCAGGAUAUCUUCAGAAAUUUGGAUCAGGCUGUGAAGGAGAGUAAAAAUUCGAUGCCUAUUUCUUCACCUGCAGUCCUCCAGUUUGGCCAUGCUGAGACCCUCCUACCAGUCCUUUCUGUCAUGGGUUACUUCAAGGACAGUGAGCCUCUUAAAGCAAAUAACUACCAUAAACAAAUGAAUCGGAAAUUUCGCAGUGGCCGAAUUGUCCCUUAUGCUGCAAACCUGGUAUUCGUGCUUUAUCACUGUGAUCAAGCCCCAUCUCCCAAUGAGGAGUAUAAGAUACAGAUCCUGCUUAAUGAGAAACUGCUGGAAUUUCCUUGGUCAGGAAAGACGGUAAUUUCACUUGACAACCUGAAAAAACACUAUAAAGAUAUCCUUCAGAAAUGCCACUUUGCAGAAGUGUGUGAUGUGUCGCAGAACACUACAGCAUUUUUUUGAACUGUGAAAAAAGUGCAGUACAGAAUAUAUCUAGAUGUUGAGUAAUUGGGGAACAUGCUCUUGAUUGGGGAAGCAUACUGUCGCACUGCACUGCUUUCAGACAGCUUAGACUUCUUGCAAUUUAAAAACUCCAACAAAAGUAAGCAUUUGUUCAAUAUUAUUCAGAAUACCUCAGGCAUUUCUGUAAUAGCUCUGUCUUUGAAAAAGUACUGCUGUUGCUGGAAUCAAGGUCAUCAGGAGUAAGAAUAUUCUAUUACUGUUCAACUUAAUUUCUCAUCCAUCCCAUUUUAUCUGCUAUGAAUAUUCUGGACACCAUGAAUCCAAAAAAGCAGCCUCACUGGGUUAAUCAUUUGCAAAAACAGCUAAAUAUUAGGUAUUGAUUGAAUCCCAGGUAGCUUUAAAAAUGAAAACCUGACAAAACCCUAGUGUGCACUGGUAAUCCUAAAAAUCAUUACUGAAAUCACUCCUUUCUAAAUGGAACAUACUUAGGUUCCAGACACAAAUUUGUCCAAUGACAGCUGCAUAGAUUGACACCUUGUUCUUAACUAAAAUAACUUCUUUUCAGUUCCUUUAGCUUUGACCAGUGAUAACAUGAUUACAAAUCUAGGGCAAUAAUGAGACUGAAGAAAAAGAGGAAUGGCCAGUCCAAAUGGUUGUCCCUGUCUUCUUUCAUGGAAGCAAAGAUGAGGUCGGGGCACCAUCAACUGAAGAAUUACUGUGCUUGAAUCGAAACCUCCAUUAGGCAUCAAAAUACAGCAAAAUUGUAAUAUAAAAGAGAACGGGGGAAAGCAGAGCCAACCCCAUUUCUAUAUAGCAUUUAUUAAAAAUCCAACAACAGUUUCAAUAAUUUCCGCUGAACAAUUGUUUAAUAAAAAGCACACCUGAUUGUUGAGUAGGCUGUUCUUAACAAAAGAAGGGAUAACACAAUGUAUAUCAUGUCUGAACUGAAGAUAUUUGGGGCAGUCUAAUAAGAUAUGUGCCAUGGUGUCUGGAAUAGGGAAGCAAUAAGGGCAGAAUCGCUCCUGUCGUUGGAUCCCAUCAAAACGCUCUUGAAGCUGAGCAGAGGGGAAUGAAUUAAACCUAGCUCUUGAAAAGGCCCAUCUCUGUUUUGGAUUAAAAAGUACCUUUAAAUAUUGCGCUGUUUGGGCCUUUGGGGGUAUGAUUCCAUAAUGUAGGGGAGAGCAUGAUAGGCCCUCUCGUUAGACCAAGGACUAAUGCUCCUGGUUCAAAAGGUGGCCCUUUGGUGCCAAUUUUCAGUAUUUCCUGAGCCCUUGGGAUGGCAUUUCAGAGAAUAUUGUAAGCUGCAACAGGAGCAGAGGGGCAUGUGCUAGUGAAUCCUUUUCCACAACUAGCAUACCACUUAAGGUUCGCUGGACACAGCCCCGAUUCAUGCAUUUAAGUAGUAAUUUGCACUUAACAUCACAAAGCAUUCAGUCAUCAUUUUAGUCAGCCUUGUAUAGUUGUUCAUUUCAGUUUCUUUUUUUCCCUACAAACUACUGCAUGAAAAGGGGUGGCUUUUAGUUAAUUCGCUUUUUUGGAUAACAGUGCUUAAUUCUUAUUUUUGAACAAGUCUUGUUUUUAGAAAGACUAAAAAGUAACCAGUGUUGCUUCUGCAAAAAUGACAGCAUUCUUUUUAAACAAAGAAUUGAACUUACAAUACUCGGAAUAUAAAAAAAGAUUCAAUCAUAAUUGUAAAUUCUCUAGAUAAAAUUGAAAAUAUUUAAGCAAGUUGGAGUUUAAGGUUAGAAUGUCUAGUAGUGUUUACAGAUCAGCUAAAUAGGAACAUAGUGUAUGUUACAACCAUGUUAAAUAUUUCUAAAGGGAAGAUCUGCCGGUUGGUUUGGGAUUUUCUUACAGAAAGAUAUAAAAUCAAUAAAUCUGUUGGAAUGCUUGUGUUUAAUUUGCAGGGUUUAGCAUUCUAAGGAAAUCUGGUGCUUAUAUCACUUCUAGAGUCCUCCCAAAGGAAAAAAUAAUGGACAUGCUCAUUUACCAUAACAGAGAAGUCAAACAACCAAAAUCAAAUGGUUCUUUCAGCUAUUAUCAUAUUAAAAUGCCUUGUCAGUGUUUUAAGUGAAAUAUGCAUCAUGGAUCAGCUCUUUUUAGAUUAGGUAAAGCUGAACUAUGUAUUUGUGGGUGGUGUGGUUAGUUUGCGUGCUUAUAGCGUGGGUGUUUUAACGGUGUAGUUGGCUUGAAAUCUCAAUCUCUAUGCUAUAAUUUUAAUGCUACAAUUUCCGUAACAUAUAUAGUAUUAUGUUCUUUGAUUCUGCAUAACAAAACACAGGAGAUAAACUAAGAACAAGCUGAUCUUCUUGAAGUUGCACCUCUUCUAUUACACGCAUAGAAUGCUCUAAAUUGAAAUACUCAGGGUUGUUUGGUUUUUUGAAGUUACUAGAAACCACCUCAUCAUUUAAAAGGAUUAGGUUGCUUUAUUUCUGCUGCAUAAAUACAACUAGGUUCUCAGGAUGGAGGGAGGAAAUAAAACCUGAAGCAUUUAUAGCAUCACCUUCAAACCAGAUUGGCAAAUAUGAAGCAUAGGAGAGACUCCCUUAAAUCUGGAGUAUGACUAUGGUGGAAACUACACCAACAUGCUAGAUUUCAGACAUAAUCGCUUGUUAAAAAUUUGUCUGUUGGGUUCUAGGAAUGUGUAUUUGGAUAUGUGUCAUCCUAUAUAUAGGGAGAAAGAGUUUGUCUCUGGAUGGUUUCCAGAAGAGUAGGAAAUCUAUUCCAAAAUAUUCUGGAGAUAUUCAGAACUGGAAAUAUUGGGAGCCAAUGUUUAAAGUUCCCAGGAUCCCCCCCCCACCCCAUGAACUUUGCUGUGUCUCUGUCAGUGUCUUCCUUUCAAGGAUUGACUUUGGCUUGCCAGGUUGAUUUGGCUUAGAUUCUGUGCUUUGAAAUUAGUUUGUUUGUUUUUUGCAACAUUGUAUUCUUUACCUGAGUUGACUUAUGUUGGUUUUUGGGGGAAUCUCUGUUUUGAGUUGGCCUUGAAUUCUUGAGUUUUACAUUGAAGUAGGUUCUCUGAUUUUACUUUUGUUGGGCUUGCAACAGCAUUCCUAUUUGGCUUAGCUUGUAAGGAUUUUCUGGGUUCACAUUGUGUGGGAUUCUCAGGUUGUACAUCAUUCCACACUUCUGCUGGGAUUCUCUGGUUGUGCAUUGGAUGUUUGGGCUUGUUGGUGCUGCCUGAUUUGAGAGGCUUUUGGUUAGCUGCUGCUUUGAUUGCUUUUGUGUCUUUGACUAUUCUUUGCCCUAGAGAAAGCCUGGAAUUCCCUCCACCCACAGGAAAUAAUGAAAGAUGGCUUGUUCAUAGGCCCAAAUAGCUUUUGCAUAAGUGAAAGUACAAGGAAAAGAUAGCGAUAGCCACUUGUGCUAAAUCAAAUUUAUUGGAUCCCCACUAGCAGUGAUAAUCACUUGUGCGUGGCAUAGUGAUUAAGAGCUGGUGGAUUCUAACCUGGAGAACCGGGUUUGAUUCCUCACUCCUCCAGCUGAGUGGCAGAGGCUUCUCUGGUGAACCAGAUGUGUUUCCGCAC